UCUGAUGAGAGCACACUAUUGAACCUUCCUGAGAUAUCUGAAAUCCCUUUUGGUAUUGGUAAUGGGUCUACUGUGAAGGCUAAAAAGAUAACAUGUGAGUUCACGGGACUCAAUUCUACAGAUCAGGCUUUCAAAGGAUUUUCUACUGCCAGUGGUAAGAAAGUAAAUGUUUCUGAAGAAGCCUUAAAAAAGGUACAGAACUUGUUUGAAGAAUGUAAUGGCGCUUCACCAUUUAACCUAAUCGAGUCGUCUGAAAUUGUUCCUGAUGGUCAUAACAUGUCUGUGACGACUCUGAGUAAAUCAAUGGAUCAUAAUUCUACAGAUCUUGCAUUCAAAGAAUUUUCUACUGCUAGUGUGAAAAAUGCGCAUGUUUCAGAUGAUAAACUAAAAAGAGUACCGAAGAUGUUUGAAGAAUGUGUCGAUCGUGCUCAGUUUGAAAAUUCGUUCGCGAACAGCGACAGAGCAACUAUUGUCGCUAACAAAUCUCAAGAAGUAAAAACUCCAAAUACUUUCAGUCGAGUUCCUAUUUUCGGAGGAUUUUUAACUGCAAGCGGAAAAAACGUAACAGUAACUGAAGAAGCCCUAAAUAAGGCUCAGAAACUCCUAGAAGAAUGUGCAGACACCACUCCUUCCUUCGAACUGUCAGAAUGUUCUUCCGACAGGAAGAUUCGUACUGCAUCCACCAAGACUCUUCCAACAAACAAAAACUCGCAGCUUCAAGAAGAAAGCAGUUUCACCGCAAGCAAAAAAACGAUUAUAACUUCCGACCACAAUGUAUCGACAAAGAGAGAAUCCGCGAAGGAAGUCGACUCGUACGUGGAGACGCCCGUGAGAUCGCGCGUGGAGAGAGCAGUUUGCUCGAAGAGGACCUUCGACUCUUCGCAACCCGCCAAGAAGUUCCGCAAGGACGAUUCGUUCAGCGGAACCGCCGGAGAACAACCGAGCUGCCGAACGACAGCUUACGCGACACCGCCCCCUCCGGCCGCCCGGCGGCCGUGGCCGCGCGCGACAGGCGCCGCGCAGAAGCUGUUGUCGGAGGAAGUCGCGGCAGAUGUGCGUCGAUGUCGGCGUCGCUCGCGUCCAGCGACUGCUUCGUCUGGGCGAGGCAGCUCUCCGGCCGGCGCGCGACGGGCGGGG